AUGUUUGCUAAACAUUCACUGCUUCUUGCGGCUGUGGGGAGCGCCCUUGUGGCCGCAGCCCCUAGCGGCCAACGCUCUACACCGGCCCCUUGUGCCCAGAUUUCCCAGCAGUAUAUGCAUGAUGUUAAGACCGGCAAAGUACCUGCGUUUUCCGGUGCAUUGGCCUAUGAAUGCCUGCAGUCCAUGCCAUUUGAUCCAAGGAGAGGAGCUGCCUUUGUCAAGGACGUCAAGAAAUACAUGCAGUGGCAGUCUAACGCCAAUGUGCUGAGCAAUCCUCCGGCUUCGUAUCUGUCUCCUCCGGUUGAUAUAUGGGGUGGCUUGGACUAUUUGCAGCAGCAGGCUGCCGACAACAAAUUCAGCAACCAAUUUGAGUUCGACACUGCUCUCUCGGACUUGUUUAUCUCUGCCAAGGAUGGACAUCUAUCCCUUGUACCAUGCUCGUUUAUGCCAUUUGUGUUUGUGAGCCAUGAGUCCUUGGUCUCUAUCUCAUCUGAUGGUCUCCAGCUGCCCAAAAUCUACACUUAUAACGAUGCCCAAGUCCUCAAGAGUAACCCCGAUGCCAUCUCACCCAUUGUGACAAUUAACGGUAAAGAAGUUGUCUCUCACCUAGAGGGAGUUGCGGAGACCCAGUCAUUCCAGGACCCUGAUGCCAGGUACAACAAUGUGUUCCGCUCCCGCUCCCGCUUUAUGAACAGUGAGGAGAUGCUGGGAGCAUUCUCCUACGGUCCGAAUGGUAUGUGGCCCGGACCUACAGUGUACAACCUGACAUACGCCAACGGAACCACGUCCAAGUCCGAAGUAAAGGCCGCUGUUAGAAGCGGUAAGUUCAAGUUUGCCAACGGUAAGGCGCUUUACGAGAGUUACUGCCUGCCUGCGCCUUAUACAACUGAUACAACCGCCAAGCCGGCUCCUUCGACAGCGACCCCAACGCCCAGUAGCUCCGCCCCAGCUUCUUCGACUCCUGUCUCCCAGAGCCCAUCGGCCACUGCAAAGCCCGCUCCGACUGGCUAUCCCAAGGCCGCCAUUCGCGAUGACAACAACCUGAUCGCCGGCUACCUACUGAGAGAGCCCGGACUGGAGGACACCGCUGUGCUGUCUGUUCCUACCUUUAGUGUUAGCAGUCUAGAGGGCGGUACCGAUGUAAUUUCCAGUCUCGCUGUUGAGUUCAUCCAAAGAGCUGUUGAUGCGGGAAAGAAGAAGAUGAUCAUCGACCUGAGCUCCAACCCCGGAGGCGACGUCAACUAUGCUUUUGAUCUUUUCAAACUAUUCUUCCCCAACAAGACCCCGUACUGGUCGUCGCGUUUCCGUGCACAUGAAGCCUUUAAGCUUAUCGAAAAGGUUGGCUACUCGUUCCCGCACGAUUCGGAAAAUGAUGCCUUUGAAUCGCUGGUCGAAUUCGGCUUCUACAACUUGAAGACCCCCGAUCAGAACCACACCUUUGAGUCGGCUAAAGAGCUCUAUGGGCCUCACCGGGUUCUCGGCACGAACAUGAGCACGGCCAACUCGCUAGACCUGGACCUGGUCUCGAGCGAGGCGAAACCAAUCCACGGCUUCGGCGGCAUUAAGUCCAAAUGGACGACUCCCCCCUUCGCCCCAGAAGACAUAUUGAUCAUCACAGAUGGAGCCUGCAGUUCUGCAUGUCCUACUUUUACCAAGAUGAUGAAGUACGAAGGUGUGAAGACCCUCUCCUUUGGUGGGCGUCCGCAGCACGGACCUAUGCAGACGAUGGGUGGUACACGAGGUGCACAAGUCCUGCCCGGAUCCACUCUUGUGGAAAUUACAAGCACCUUGCUUGAUAUUGCCGCCGAGAAGGAAUUGCUCUCGAAAAGCGAGCUCCAGCAGCUGAAGGCGCUCUCCCCGGCUGAGGAAAGCCCACUUCAGUAUGGCCAGUUGCAGGUUAACCUCCGCGACGCGUAUAGCAAGCUUGAUGAGGAUAGUUCCAUGCCCCUUCAGUUUGUCUAUGAGCCGGCUCACUGCCGUCUGUUCUACACACUGGAGAAUUUUCUGCAGCCGGCAACUACCUGGAGCGCUGCGGUCAAGGCUAUGUGGGGCGGUGGGGAGUGUGUUGCAGGUUCGCGCCAGAAGUGA